AGUGCAGGUUUGGGGCCAGCAGGCAGUUGGGCCUCCCCAACGGGCCCAGACGUGGCGUUUGACCCCAGCAACGGCCAGAACGGCUGAUGGGGACCCAGCAGGGGUCUCAGGGGCUUGGACUGAGCCAGUGGUUCCCUUCCCACAUGUUUCCUCAAGAGGGAUCUUCCUCAAGAGCCCCUGAGGCGUGGCAAGAGGCAGAGGAACACAAAGAACAACACAGGACUGGCACAGACAGAGGAAACUGUAAAACGAAAGGAGAAAGCCACGAAAACCUGACUGGGACAGAAGCGGAGCCACAAUCAGAGCCCGGGGCGGGGAUAUUCCCGAGCCCUCCGCCGCACAUCCCUCCGUGCAAACUCAGGGAAAUAGAAGCUGAGUUGAUCUGCGCCGAUGAGGCAGGCAGCGAGUUUGAGUUCGGCGAGCUGGCGUCGCCCGGAGCGAGCCCAGCAGCACAUCAGGCUCCUGCCGGAUCCGCCGGGGACAGCCCCUGGCACGGCGUGGACGCGCGGCUCCGGCUGCCCCUGCGGGAGGGCAGCGCUCGGUACCGGCAGCAGCAGUUCGCGGCGGCGGCCGCCAAGUUCUCCACGGCCCUGGAGCUUUGCAGUAGAGGCUUUGCCACAGAGGAUCCCUUGAAGUCCUCUCCAGAUGAUAUUUCCAGAGUUGCCAGUUUUAUUGAGGCAAAACUCGUCAUCUGUUACUUAAAACUGGGGCAGCCUGACAUUGCUCUGAGUCAUUCACACAGGAGCAUCAUUCAGAACCCCUCUCAUUUCCGCAAUCACCUCCUCCAGGCCGCUUGCUUUCGGUGCCUGCAGAGAUACUCAGAGGCUGCCAGGAGUGCCAUGAUUGCUGACUGUCUGUACGUCCUGGCAGGAGGCACAGACCUGGAGACGAGUGACCUCAUCCAGCUCUACUGGCAGGCUCUGAUUCAAGAAGCCCUCAGUGGAGAAGUAUCUUUUUCUGUUCUGUACACACCUUUUGACAAAGAGGACGAGGCUGACAAAAUAAAGGAGGCCAACAAAAGCUUUGCUGAAAAGCACCCUGAUUAUGUGCAGCACAUAUUCACAGAUCCUCAUGGAAUUCACCUGUUGCCAGAGAGAGCUGAGGCUCUGCCUGACCAAGAGUACUUGCUGACUUUGGGCUUCAGAGACAAAGAGAUUGGAAAAACUGUGGAAAAAUCUGUGAUUCGAAAGCUGCCAAUCUGCCCAGGUCAGAAAACAGCUUUCAGUCCCAGCACAGAGGAAGAAAGAGAAACAUUUUGGGAAAACACUGGGAAAAAGGUCAUGGCAGUCAUAGAUUUUAUAGGAAGCACCAAAAUAAAGGACAAGCGCAGCCCGUGCGCCCGCGCCAUGGAGCACUUCCAGCGCGCCAGCCUGCUGGGCAGCCUGCAGAGAGGGGAGCAACAGGCCCAGGGCAUGGCCCAGGUCAUGGCUGAGCUGGCCACCAUCCCCUACCUGCAGAGAGUCUCUCAGGAGGAUGACAAGCUGCUGCAGUCCCUGACAGCAGAUGCCAUGGACGUCCUGGCAGGAAGGACCAGAGAUCGGGUGUGGACUAAAAUCCAGAAGGUGGCAAGAAUAGAAGAGGAUUUGAGGGAAGGAGAAGAGGAUUUCUUAAGGGACCGGAGGGUGCAAACGCCUGGAAUGGAAAACAUGAACUGGACCCCAAUGGGACAGGAAUAUUUGGGACAGGAAUAUUUGAGACUGGAAAAUACAAAUAUGUUCAUUCCUGACCCACGCAGCUUGGCCACAGAGUCGAAAAAAAGAUGUACAGAUUUUGGAAAUAGUUGAUUUUGUACAUAUUUUGAUAUCUGUUCAAUAGAUAAUCUUAUUUUAAAUUAUAUUAACUU